AAAAAAUUGAAUAUAUUUUUUUGCCUCAGGUCACCCCACAAAACGUCUAAUAUAUUUUGUUUUUCGGUGGGGAUCCAUCUGUUUGUUUAAUGUUUGUGUUUAUCCCUGUUAACGUUUUUUUGUGUGUACAAAGUAUGUAUAUUGUUUUUUCAUGUACAGACUACAGAUAUGCCGUCUGUAAAUACCAAUUUCUGUGAUAAACAAAUUGAAACCAUUUUGAAUGGCAUCUGAGAUAAAGCAUUUUCAACAAUUCAAUUUAAAAAAGAUUUUUUUUUGAGUAUUUAUUUUUGAAAAGAAAUAAAUAGUUUUGAUAAGUUAGUCUGAAACAGUGGCAACAAUCUUUAGGAAUAUGUAGUUUUUAUGUUAAAAAAAUAUUUUUUGCAAAUCUUUUCAAACGCACUGUUUUCAUUAACUUCAAUUUUUUCAGAUUAGAUUAACGUUUUUACAUCACCUGUCUUCUUCUGAUAAACGGGAUUAAUAUUCACCUUGUUCCUGUAUUUUUUGUUUUUUCUAUUUCCGCACAAAAGUAUUUAUAUUUUCAGAUGCAAAUACUGAAUUUAUAACCUGACAAUGCCGGGAAAUGAGGUUGAGGUGCUGGGGGAUGGAACAGGUCAAACAGACAGCCUAGGCAGCAAAUCAGAUAAUUCAGGAAAAACUACCGUGACCAACUUGUAUCCUAAACCUAAACUAGAUAUUGUUUGUGUGGUGGACCUACAUCAGGCCCAGCAUCAAAGUACGCGGAAGCGCGCCUACGAAGAUGUCAAGUUUGCGUGCGGUGCUAUCGCCUACGCUACUGUUCAUCAUAUACAGUUUGAGAAACUUGACUUCGGAGAGACAAAUGUUCUAGAUUUAUUCUAUAAUGCAGACGUUGCCAUCAUAGACUUGAGUAUUCAGCUCCAGCAGAGUGCUCUAUUCUAUCAUCUUGGAGUUCGAGAGAGCUUCGGGAUGCGGCAGAAUAUACUUUUAUAUCAGGACGUGGAUAAGGACGCAACCCUGACCCUGAAGUUGUCCUGUGUUAACUACAGUUUUGUAUCCUAUCAUCAGAAUGGGGAUAAGGGGACACUAGUCAUUACAGAUCCAUCAGCAGUUAUAGGAGAUUCUCAGCGAAUAUCUCUAGUAUCUAAACUAAAACAUCUUAUCAAAGAUUUAGAAGUUCAAUCAAAGGUUCACAUGAAGGAGAAGUUCCUAGCUGAUCUUAGAAAAUGUCGAGAGCAAAAUACAGGAGCAGAACUGCAGAAAGCUUUAAGGAACAUGAAGAGGAGGCUAGACGAUCCUAACGUGCUGAGCGGGGAUGUUGUUCACAGUAUGCUCAUAUCCUUCAG